CAGCUUUCGCGACCGCUUGACAGCGCGAAAGGCGCAAAAUUGAAUCCGGUAAACAAACCUUCGUUUUAAAGUGUUCGCCAAAAGUUAGUGAAUGCACAGUAGGUAUAGGAAUUAUUAGUGUAAUAUUUUAAAGAUAACUGAACUGAGAAACGGCUAUUGCUUACACCAUGCAACACCUAACUAUCAUUCCCAAGCUGAAAUCUGAAACCAUUGAAAUUUUCGUCAAGGAAAAUGGUUUCACCGAUGAUAACGAGAAUGGCACUAGAGGCACUCGUAGAACUCGAUCCUCAUUCAAAAAGGUUAUAAAUACAAUCAUCGUCGAUGAUCUGAAGGUUGAAACAAUGACUAAAAAGAUCACUGUCCUGGGGUGCUUGAAAGAUGUCGCACCUGCGGCUGCCUCGAAAUCGAAGAAAAAGAAAGAUUCCAAAAGCAUCCUAGAAGUGCAUAAUAUCAGGGCAGAGUUCCACGAAGUCGUUGGAGAACUGACUACGGUGCAGUGCAUGGAUUGUGAUAAAACAAAAGUAAAGUGCACCAAAAUCUACACCUAUUUAAUCUGGUUACACCAUAAGCAACAGCAAGCUAUCCAAGAAAUCGAGAACACAGAGGAAAACGAACCCAAGAAGAUAAAACGAGAACGCAACAGUAUUGGCGUGUUACAGCCCGUUAACUUGGGUACUGUCCCGCCUAAGGUCGAGAUCCCUUCGUUGCCUAAGCUAAAGAAAGAAACUGCCUCCAUAAGCCCAAUGGAAAUGGAGUCGGCUCUAAAGUUAUCACUGUUCAACCUAAUCCGUGAAUAUCCCGGUAACGAUCCUCACGAAUUUCUCCAAUUUUGCGGAAAACGUAUGAUCGAGGAGAAUUGUGGCAAGGCGCAGAUUCUCACUGUGGAACAGGCUGACACCGAUUUGUGGCAUGAGUUGCGUAAAGGCAGAGUCACCGCUUCCAGAAUGCAUGAGGCUUCUCGUUGCACCAUGCUGAACGGUUCGCUCACCAAUAAAAUCAUGGGUAUUAGCUCUGGAUUUUCGUUUGCCAUGAAACGAGGAACAGAUUUGGAGGGACACGUAUUCGCCAUUUUGCAGAAAGAGUACCCUUCUCUGAGGAACACAGGUUUGGUACUGGAUCCGGAGUUCCCAUGGAUGGGUGCUUCGCCGGACGGAUUGGCCGACGACUUCGUACUGGAAAUCAAGUGCCCUUACACACCCAAUACGCACGCGUGUUACAUCGAUGUCAAUAAGUUGUCCAGGAAGUACUUCGCCCAGAUCCAACUGCAGAUGCACAUGACGCGCAAGACGAAAGCGUUGCUCGGGGUGGCCGCGCUGGAUUUCGAAAAAACGCGAAACGUGACCAAAGUUUGGAUCGAUUACGACAAGGAGUAUGUGGAUGGGGUCAUGGGUGAAUCGUUUGAGUUCUGGCAGAAAGGCGUUUUUCCGGCACUGCUGAGGAAGCGCAAGGCUAAGAAGUGAACCAGGUUUCAUAGUAGUUUUAAUUUCAUUUAAAAUCAUUAAACUUAUCUAGUUUUUAAGUUGAUUGUGACUGCCAUUUCAAUGAAUCUGACUUUUUAAUAAAGUGAACCUUGUUGCUAAACA